CAAAAUAAGUACUGGAAUACAUAGUGCCACAAGCAGGACGCGCGUGCGGGGGGCGACCGUGUUGACCUGUGUCACGUGGGCGUGCCUAUAUCACAGUGCGCGGGACGUCGAGCGCAUUUCGAACCGCGACAGCCUAUCGAGGCAAGCUGGCCUUGCUCCUCCGCUGACCACCUCAAGCCCUCGCUAUCGUCGCCCGCGUUCUAUCUUCCGCGUCUCCCUCUCAGCGAGGCUUGUGCUUCAGGAAUCAUGAAGCUAACCACUCUCGGCGUGCUCGCCUGCUGUGCCCACGUCCUUGGGGCCCAUGCCCUGGCGGUGCGGAACCAUGGACGUCUUGCGCGCGCGUACACUCUAGAAGAUCGGCAGGACUUUUCUGGACUACUGGGAGGACUCAAUGGAGAAGGGGCGGAUGCCCCUACGGAUGAGAAGACGGAACAAGGAGCUACGGACCUUCGGCCCUCUGGGACGACCGCUCACGGGGACGGUGCCUCGUUCAGCUCACUCAAUCUCUUCCCUGGACUGCUUCCCACCGGCUCAGAGACCUCGAAGACCAAGGACACGGCCUCAACUGCGUCUAGCUCUGCCUCUGCGACUGCUACCCCGGAGUCUCAUCUCGCGACGACCACUCAGGCUGAGCCCGCCGCUACUUUGAGCGGCUCGUUGGUGACGGCGACAUCCCAGGCUAAGGACACCAACCAGAACCACUUCUCAAGCAGCAGCGCCAUGGCCUCGGACUCGUCCUGGAAGAUCAUCGGCGUCGCCGUCAUCUCCUUCACCGCCGUCGUCGUCAUCCUCGUCGCCGCGGUCUUCUUCGACACCUGGUGGCACUUCGUCCGCGAUCUCUUCUGGAAGCGAAGCAAGGCGGACGGCCUGGAGGAGAUGGUGCCCGACUGGCAGAAGGCGAGCUGGGAGAUGCGCUGCGGGGACCGCCAGCGGUACCCGUCCUUUGGGUCGCUCCCGACGUCGCCCAUCCUCCGUGGGGACCCCCUCCAACGCCAGCGGUCGCUCCGAGUGCAAGAGUGGCAGAAGGACGAGUUCACGUCGAGCACCUCGUCUCUGAGGGCGGAGAUGUCCCCGGCGGAGAGACUCGCGCAGUACCCGGCCCUCCCUCCGAGUGCCUACGUUAGUCCUGACCCCAGACCAAGCCCCGGCAGCGCCGACCCCUUCGCGGACAAGAACGCGUCUCCAACUACUGGACUCUUCAACGGACAAGGCGACAGCAAGAACCCUUUCCAUGAUAUCCACGCAUCUCCUCGGAUGGACAUCUACGGCGGGAUCGACGAGAAGUAG